CUGCAUUCAGACCAGGAUAAAGGAGACGGAUCACUUAAGUACAUCCUUUCUGGAGAUGGAGCAGGAGAUCUCUUCAUUAUCAAUGAAAACACUGGUGACAUCCAGGCCACAAAGAGACUAGACAGGGAAGAAAAGCCUGUAUACAUACUCCGUGCCCAGGCUAUAAACAGAAGGACUGGAAGACCAGUGGAACCAGAAUCUGAGUUCAUCAUUAAGAUCCAUGAUAUCAAUGACAAUGAGCCAAUGUUUACAAAGGAUGUUUACAAUGCCAGCAUUCCCGAAAUGUCAGAUGUUGGUACCUUUGUUGUGCAAGUCACCGCAACUGAUGCCGAUGAUCCUACGUAUGGGAACAGUGCUAAAGUUGUCUACAGCAUUCUGCAGGGACAACCAUAUUUCUCCGUUGAAUCUGAGACAGGCAUUAUUAAAACUGCUUUGCUAAACAUGGACCGUGAAAACAGGGAGCAAUACCAAGUGGUCAUCCAGGCUAAGGACAUGGGAGGCCAAAUGGGCGGAUUAUCAGGAACCACCACCGUGAACAUCACAUUGACUGACGUAAAUGACAAUCCACCUCGCUUCCCCCAGAGCACAUACCAAUUUAAAGCUCCUGAGUCUACACCACCUGACUCACCAGUUGGCAGGAUAAAAGCGAAUGAUGCUGACGUGGAUGAAAAUGCAGAGAUUGAAUACAGCAUCACUGAGGGGGAUGGAUAUGACAUGUUUGGAAUUACCACAGACAAGGACACACAGGAAGGAAUUAUAACUGUCAAAAAGGCACUGGAUUUUGAAAAUAAAAACCUGUAUAUUCUGAAAGUGGAAGCCAGCAAUACUCACGUGGACCCUCGAUUCCUCUACCUGGGGCCAUUCAAGGACUCAGCUACAGUCAGAAUUCAGGUGGAGGAUGUAGAUGAACCCCCUGUGUUCAGCAGACCAGCAUACAUAAUGGAAGUGAAAGAAGAUGUUCCAAUAAACAGUGUAAUAGGAACAGUAACUGCUCAGGAUCCAGAUGCUGCCAAGAACCCUGUCAAGUAA